UCAAUCAAUCACUCGUGCACUCACACAUACACAAACAUACACACUCACUAUGCCUACAUUAUUUUAUUUUGGCGUUUCUCUAGUCUGAACAUAGGAAAUCGUAACUUUGAACUUGAACUCAACUUACCGUCAUUUCUGAGUCGCCGCACCCACAUUUUGACCCACCCAUCGCACCUGACAAGCAAUAGUAUAGUUCUAGAGGUUACUAUUCCUAGGCCUAACCGGUUUUGUAUCCCCCUUCACGUGUAGAUAUACAUAAUAAUUGUUAUAAUAAACAAACCAAUUUCCGGUUCUGUCGAGCAGUGUGAGCAGAGAUCCUGUCGUAGCAUGUGUAGUAGACAAUCUUUGGUGGGAGUGAGCCAAAGAGGAUUACUAAUUAGGCCUAGGCCCUUAGGCCUAUACUGUAGCCUAUAUGAUAUUCUCAUUGGGGGGAGCACAGUUGGCCCGCCGCUCUGCUCACCUCGCCUCGGACUUCGUUCGACAUUCUCACCUCAGUACCGUUUGUGCCGACAUUCUGCUCGGUCAUUGUGUUAGAUCUAUUGAGCUCAUACGGUUAGGCUAGUUCAACAUUUUCACCCCUACAAAGUGUCACCCUGCACAGUCAUAAUGAUCAUGUCGCUUCGGUUCAGUGAAUGAAUGGAGGAAGCUAUGUAGGUCAAUCGAUAGACAGUACCAAGGGAGAAAACCAUGGUAUUUUUCUCAGUAAAUUAUAUAAGAACUUUGAGGCCCGUUCUGCUCAGUCAGAAAGUUGGAACUUUUUGUGUGCAGCAACGGCAGGUUGGUUGGACAUUUCUGUGGCUCUCUACAACAAGAUCAAUAAUUUCCUCUAGAAGAAUUGGUUGCCCAGUUGAAUUGGUCAGACCUCUGAGAAAGUCUGCAACAAGAUCAAUUUUGUUCUGGACUCAAAGGACCAAAUUUCGAUCGCCACCCGGUAUUAUUAUCAUGUCGACACCUCUAAAAGGUACGAUUGUCGUUUACUCAAUAUUAGGAUGUCCCCACUGCAUGAAAGCAAAACAAGCUUUGAAAGAGUUGGAUCUUCCUUUUUCGGACGUUCGGUUAGACUUAUUUCCUCACAUCAGAGAUGAAGUGUCGAAGAAAAGUGGAAUGAAAACCGUUCCUCAAAUUUUUUUCAAUAACGUUUUCAUCGGAGGCAACGAUUCCUUGACAAAGCUGAUAGCUGACAAGGGAAAGCUGCAAGGAUACAUUGAUGAACUGAAAAAAAAUCCUAUGCCAGAUGAUGGGCCAGUCAUUCCAGACCCUAGCACUGCGGUCGCUGAUGCAGAUCCUUUCAGCUUUCAGUGUGAGCCAGAUGAAUAUUUCCUCUUGAUGAAUGAAUUGAGGAAAGACAACGUCAUCAGAACGCACGGUAGCUUUUUCAAGUCGAAGAAGAAUGGUUUAACUGGCAAGGACUUUGUGAAGUGGGUGAAGGAGAAAAAAGAUUCAGAUGAACAAAAAGCUGUGGAAAUAGGCCAAGCCCUCCUAGACCGGCGGUUCGUGAGAGGAGAGGAUGCCUCGGGGAAAUUUUCCACUGGAAGUGAGCUGUUUACACUUGUUGAGGAUGAUGAAAGUGACGCUCUCAACAAUGGACCUAUGACAGAGUGUGUCCCCAAAACUGCGAACGAGAUUGGAGAUCACUUGAGGAAGAUGAUUCUGAAGCUGUACAGUGUGUUUUUGUCUGCUGAUGGAAAGGCGGUGGACUACCAAGGAAUGAAGGCCAGUGAUGAGUUCCAGGUGUACAAAAAGAUGACGAGAGAGCUGCUGAGAGUGGACGUGGAGAGCGCCAGUCGCGAGGAGAAGCUGGCCUUCUUCAUCAACAUCUACAACGCUUUAGUGAUUCACGCCAACAUAGAGAGAGGCCCACCCACCAACCUGUGGGGAAGAUACAAGUUUUUCAACAGCACCAAGUACAUAAUUGGUGGUCAGUCCUACUCUCUACAGGACAUUGAGAACGGCGUGCUCCGCGCCAACAGGAAAGGAGUAGGCCAGUUCUCCAACCCCUUCAGCAAAGAUGACCCCAGGUUGAAAGUCGCCUUAGAGCGCCAUGAGCCCCUGAUACAUUUCGGCCUGGUCUGUGGAGCCAAGAGUUGUCCCCCCAUCAAAACCUACUCCGCACAGAACAUCUAUGAGGAACUGACACUCGCUGCUGCUGCCUUUGUGGAGAACGACGACGGCUGUUUUGUCGAUGUGAAGACGAAAACUGUCAAACUGUCGGCCAUAUUUAAGUGGUAUCAGGAAGACUUCGGCAGCAAUAAGAAAGAGCUGCUGAAGUUUGUGGCCAGCCAUAUGGACGCAGGUCAGAAGAAGAAAGACCUGGAAGAACUUCUGAAGAUCGGCAACUUCAAAGUGAGCUUUUUGAAGUAUGACUGGUCGGUCAACUCAAAGGCAUGAAGCUACAGCUUUGAAUCUCUCUUGGAGGAGGGAGGGGGGGACUUAUGAAGAAUUCUAUUUAUAAGUGUUAGCGUUUUUUUCUAUUGUUGUUGUGUUCUUUCAGAGAAGUCUUAAGACUUCUUGGUGUUCUGGAUGUGUGGCAGUUUCUGAUCAGAAAAAGAAUAAAAUGGAUUGUUCUUGAGGCUGUCUUUGUGGAAGAUCCUGCCAUAUUUUUUUUCACAGCCUAUAAUUAGAAGCAAUAGUUCUUCUGAAGCGUUUUCGUAUUGUACAAGUCAAGAUUUGUGGUACCCGCUUCUGUGGUGGAGCAGUGAGCGAUUUGUCGUCCCC